CAGAGAAUUAUACGUGUUCUUUUCAACUAUGUAUUUAAUCGACAAACAAUGUUUACCCCAGUUCUGGUCGUAUCCCAGUUCUGGUCGCUACACGCGUCUAUUUUGUAUCCAGAGUUAGCAAAUACAACUGUGAGUAAAGGUCACCCACGUUUACAUUCAGCACUGUAAAACUGACACGACCCCAUUUCGGAACAAGUAGGAAACGUGAUAUAUUGUUUGCUUGUUCUGUGUUAUUAGAGCAUUUCGCCUUUCCAGUCGUCAUAUCGACAUGGAGAUCUUGGGGCUUGUGGACGUGCCGCUGUAUCUCCUACUGUGCUUGGCGGCCACAGUGCUGAUCUACAUAUAUGGAACAUGGAACUACAAUUACUUCAAGAAACAAGGCAUCCCGGGGCCAGCACCAACGUGUUGUAUUGGAAACACUGGUCCGAAUUUCGGACAUGAUCUGUACGCCUGGAGUAAGCGAUAUGGAGGUGUUUUUGGAAUCUUCCUGGGAAGGACUCCCACCUAUAUUAUUGCUGAUCUGGAAAUUCUGAAAGAGGUUAUGGUCAAGAGUUUUGACAAUUUCAGAAACCGGAUGAUAUUUUCAUCACCCUACCCCUUAAAUUUAGCUGUGAGUUUCUUGGAAGAUGCUGCGUGGAAGAGAGUGAGAAAUACCAUCACCCCUUCCUUCACUGGUGUCAAACUGAAGCGGAUGUGUGGAGCCAUCAACGAUUGUGCAAGGACACUUACAAAAAACUUCUCCAACAAUAUGGAGAAAAACGCUGGGGUCAAUAUAAAACAAUACUUUGGAGCUUUCUCUAUGGAUGCCAUUUGCCAAACUGCCUUUGGGAUAAAGAUUGAUUCGCAAACAGAUUUCAACCACCCGUUUGUCGUUCAUGCUAAGACGUUAUUACGACCAUCAAAACUUGCAUUGGCAUGCUUAGCAUUGUCAGAUGCUAUCCCAGCACUUGAACCAGUCUUCAAUAAGCUCAGCCUUGGAAUCUUUCCACGAAAACCCGUUGCCUUCUUUGAGACGAUCACGGGUGAAAUGAUGAAACAGCGUCGAAAUGAUAAAACACACCACCAAGAGGGAACAGACUUCCUGCAAAUGAUGAUGGAUGCUUCGAUAGAAGAAGGAAAAGACGACAAAAGCGCUGAUGGUCAAACGGUCAAACAUUCAAUCAGGCAUCUAUCUACGGACGAAAUAGUUGCUCAGUGCAUAGUGUUUUUUAUCGCUGGGUACGAAACUACCGCGUCCACCCUUACCUUCAUAUCUUACAACCUGGCCAUGAACCCGGAUGUACAGGAGAAGGCUUACAAUGAAGUCAAAGAAAUGUUGGGAAAUGAGGAACCAAACUAUGACAACAUUGGGAAACUGAAGUAUCUGGACAACGUGAUCACAGAGACGCUCAGGCUCUACCCGCCGGCUUAUGUAAUUGACCGAACUGUUUCUGAGACCACUCAAAUCAAGGGCCUAACUUUCUCUAAGGGUCAAAAUGUCUUCAUUCCUGUGAUGGCUAUACACAGAAAUCCUGAGCUCUACGAUGAUCCUGAAUCCUUCAAGCCAGAAAGGUUUGAAGAUCAAGACAAAACUAUUGCCUUCCAAGCUUUCGGAUUUGGCCCCAGGGCCUGCAUUGGGAUGCGACUGGCUCUUGUUGAAGUUAAAGUAGCCUUGGUCAAUGUUCUGAGGGCCGUGAAGUUUGAUCGAAUGCCCGACACACCGGAAGUAUUGACGUUUGCUCAGAAUCCAACCAUUCUUGAAACAGACAAGGACAUCAUACUGAAAGUGUCUCCAAGAUGUUGAAAACGGCGACAAUGCAACAUUAGUUCAAAGAAUGUAUCUGUAUCUCCAAAUUGUGUACAAACCUUGACUUCUUAUAAGUUUGUAUCAAACGAGAAGCAUUUCACUUCCAUGAUGAAUUUUCAGCAUGAAAGUGUUUUCCGGGAGAAUGAAACACUUGAAAUAUGUCCAUGCUAAAAUUGUAAUUGUGGCACAUCUGCAUUGCCUUUAAAUCUUGUUUUCUUCACAGUUAUCCGAUGUGCUAUUAGACACCCUGCCUGUGAGACACUCACUCCGUAAAGUGAGUGGCAUUGGUACAACCCGGCUCUGUAUUCAAAUUUUAACGCAACUCUUUUCGCAAGUUAUGAUGAAGGUCUUAGAUGUUUAUUACCUUGGUAAAACAAGACCAGGUAUAACAUUUACAAAAUGAGAAACAUAUCCAGAGACAAUCUUGUAUUAGGACCCUCAACUACAAUUGUAUUUGGCGUGAAUUUGGGGCGCAGUUUGUACAAUAUUGACUCGGGUCUCAUGCCCCCGAUAUCAGUUUUCAGUCUUGUUUAUGAUAUUCGUUUUCUUUGUCCGUAAGUUAUUGAAAGGCUGUUUCAUUUACUAACAUUAUCAAAUAAUGAGUCAUGUAAUAAUUACAGCUAGUUAUGUUUUAUUGUGCUUCUAAAAUAUAGCAUCUUAUAUGCAUUAUCCCAUAGCAAUGUGACACAUCAGUGGUUCAGAAAUGACUUGUGUCUUAUUAUUCUCAAACACUCUACCUGCUGGGCUAUGUGUAAGUGACACACGUUUUACAAUAGGAAAAUAAAGGCAAAAUAAUGUAAUCUAGAAUUGUUGAUAGAAUAAGGCUACAAAUGUUGGACAAGUUACAAGGUGGGAUUCCAGGUUAGAAUGGUUCCCAGCAACCUAUACAGGUGGUAGGAGAUGACCAUGUACACCGUUUGGUCAGGCUUGGGGACAUUGUUGAUUGUGUGUCGUUGUACCACGCCAUAGCAGAUCUUUGAUCACAAUACCGGACAUGUCCUGGAUCGAUUAUUACAGCUUGCAGUCAUAUAUAGCUGGGAUACUGCUCACUUAGGCGCUCCACAAGAAACAAACAUUAUUAUAUCACCCUGCUAUCAGAAUUUACAUACACUUAACAAAGCAGUGUAAACAAAGCAGUGGUAAUUCUUUUAUAACUGAAUACUAAACCCAGCUCAGGCAUUCAUUGACAUAACAAGAAUAGAGGCUACCAACUGUAAUGAACAGUAAGAUCUUGAAAAUUACAGAGUGUCGGAUAAUGCUCCCAGAAUAUAUUUGCUUGGAACCUGCUAAAGUUUAACCUGUAAAGAUUCAAUGCAGAACAAAUAAAUCACAUUUGAAAAUAU